GCCUGCGAUCACGUGACCCAGCCAGCUGUUUGCAGGGGACUGGAGAGCCCGGAGUUGGGAGAGCUGGAAGCGCUGGCGGUCGCCCGCUCUCCUGCUGCUGCAGCCCCUGAUGCAGACACAGUAACCCGACCUCCGCAGCUCUCUCCAACUCGGCAGUCUCAGCAUCAGCACCACAGGACCCGGCCGGAGCCCGCUGCUUAGCAGGAUGUCUGGCGCUCCUCCGAGUUACUGUUUUGUGGCUUUGCCGCCUCGAGCCAAGGAUGGUUUGGUGGUGUUUGGGAAGAACUCAGCCCGGCCUAGAGAUGAAGUGCAGGAGGUUGUGUAUUUCCCGGCCGUUGAUCACGAAGCAGAGAGCAAAGUUGAGUGCACUUACAUCUCAAUCGACCAAGUUCCCAGGACCCACGCCAUCGUGAUAAGCAGACCUGCCUGGCUCUGGGGGGCAGAAAUGGGAGCCAAUGAACAUGGAGUAUGCAUAGCUAAUGAAGCCAUCAAUGCCAGAGAACCAGCUGCUGAGACAGAAGCCUUACUGGGGAUGGACCUGGUCAGGCUUGGUUUAGAACGAGGGACAACAGCUAAAGAAGCCUUAAAUGUCAUUGUCUCCUUGUUGGAUGAGCAUGGACAAGGUGGGAAUUAUUAUGAAGAUGCCCACUCCUGCCACAGCUUCCAAAGUGCAUACCUGCUGGUGGACCGUGACGAAGCCUGGGUGCUGGAGACUGUAGGGAAGUAUUGGGCCGCCGAGAGGAUUACAGAGGGAGUGAGGUGCAUCUGUAAUCAGCUUUCACUCACCACUAAGAUGGAUGAGGAACACCCAGAACUCAGGACUUACGCUCAGAGUCAAGGCUGGUGGACGGGAGAGGAUGAAUUCAACUUUGCCCAGGUUUUUUCUCCAGCCGAUGACCAUUUGGACUGCUGCGCAGGCAAAGACAGCUUAGAAAAGCAAGAGGAAAGCAUCACUGUGCAGACGAUGAUUAACAUCUUACGAGACAAAGCCAGUGGAGUCUGCAUAGACUCCGAGUCUUUCCUCACUACCGCCAGUAUCGUGUCUGUCCUGCCUCAGAACAGAAGUUCACCGUGCAUCCACUACUUCACUGGGACCCCGGAUCCAUCCAGGUCCAUAUUCAAGCCAUUCAUCUUUGUUGAUGAUGUAAAACUUGUCCCCAAAGCACAGUCACCCUGUUUUGGUGACGAUGACCCAGCCAAAAAGGAACCCCGGUUCCAGGAGAAGCCAGAUCGCCGGCAUGAGCUGUACAAGGCUCAUGAGUGGGCACGUGCUGUCAUCGAGAGUGACCAGGAGCAAGGCCGUACACUGAGGAAGACCAUGCUGGAGUUGGAGAAGCAAGGCUUGGAAGCCAUGGAAGAGAUCCUAAGCAGCCCCGAGCCCCCGGACCCUGCCGAGGUGGGGGACCUUUUCUACGACUGUGUGGACACCGAGAUGAAGUUUUUUAAGUGAUGUUGCAUAAGGCUGUGCUGACUUGAUGUCAUCACUCAGGUGCCUGGAAAACACAGUGGCUACUUCUAUUAUUGGAUAUUAGCCUUAGUCCAGCAUCACAGAGAAAGGCUUGGAGCAUUGUACAUCUCAACCAUGUUGUCCUCUUACCACUAGAGGGCGCAGGAGCCCCUGUGGGCAACCUGGCCUAUGUUAAGGGGCCU